CACAAUUGUCAUCAAGAUUGAGGAUCCUGUUCCUGGCGUGAUUUUGAUGCGUUUCAAAAUAAAAAUGCUUUCAUUUGUCAAUGUUCCGUGAAGACAGGAUGGCCUGCACCUUCAUUGAGAUGAAGCCUGCUGACGUUCCGCGGCGGACCUGGGAUAUCCUUACUCAGUGAAUACUUGUACAUCCAAUUCUUGGGGGCUAACAUACAUGUCUCGUAGUAUAUAAGGCUCUCUCAUUUCUUAUCCGAAUAUUUAAUUUCCUAGCUCCAAGAACCUCACGCGUUGCACAUUCACUUCAAAUAAAUCGUCACUAUGAGACUCGACAAGUUGCUCAGUUAUAGUCUUGUGAUUGCUCCAGCUGCAUCUGCGCACCACCCACUCCAAUUUCGACAGCAAAAUUGGACCAUUGGGCAGACCGCACAAACAAGCAGCGGUCCAGUCAUUGGACACGCCGCACCAACUGCUACCGAAGUCUCUGAGUAUCUCGGGAUUCGAUACGCUCAACCUCCUCUUGGAAGCCUACGAUACGCUGCUCCACUUCCAUACACUGGUACCGCUGCGUUCAAUGCUUCCGCUUUUGGGGCUUCAUGUCUUAUCGUUCCGCAGACCGGCAGUAGCAAUGCAGCGUCCAAUCCUGCAAAUCUCACAGCGGCAGGGGCUCAAAUUGUCAUCGAUGGUGCGGAAAAAGGAGCAAAGAUGAGCGAAGACUGCCUCACAUUGAACCUCUGGACCAAACCGCAAACGGGAGAGCCUGCCAAAGCCGUGAUGCUGUGGGUUUACGGUGGGGGGUUUCAGAAUGGAUGGACGGGAGAUCCUCAAUACGAUGGGCAGUACCUCGCAGAUUUAGAGGAUGUAGUCAUUGUUUCUUUUAACUACCGCGUCAACAUCUUUGGUUUCCCCAGCACCCCAUCAGGAUUCUCCAACGUCGGACUUUUGGACCAGCGACUCGCUGUGGAGUGGGUACGUGAUAACAUCGCAGCCUUUGGUGGAGACCCACAUCGAAUCACCCUUUUCGGGCAGUCCGCCGGAGCAGCUUCAAUUGAUUUCUACAGCUACGCCUGGCCAAGCGACCCUAUUGUGAAUGGCAUGAUCCUAGAAUCUGGCACGACACAAGUUAUCCCACCCCUCAACGAAACAACCAGCGCAGCAAUGUGGUACAACAUAACAAGACAAGUUGGUUGCGGCACCACAACUUCCAAUGCCUCGAGUACAUUGGCAUGCAUGCGGGCGGCCAACUCGACCUCUAUCCUCUCCGCGUUAGCAUCAGCGCCGUCCUUCGUACCGACCAUUGACAACACUAUCGUCUUCAGCAACACCGAAUACAACGCUCGCUCUCUCUCUGGAAAGUUCAUCCAAGCACCCCUUCUCAUCGGCACAAACGACAACGAAGAAACCAUCUUCCGCACGGGCGACAUUCUUCACGGUGGUGCAAAAUCGGAUUCCUUCUACGAAGAAACCAACUUGAACAAAUUCUUUUGUCCAUGUGCAGCACGUGCAAACGCCUCUGUUUAUAAUCAUGUUCCCACUUGGCGGUAUCGCUGGUUUGGUGUAUUUGAGAAUACGAACUUGACUCUCUCAACAGACAGUGGCGCAUACCAUGGAUCGGAAAUUCCAAUUAUCUUCAAUACGCCGCCAGCGGGCAAGGGUAUUGCCAAUGAUACAGUUGAGGAGUUGGCAGUCAUGGCUUAUAUGCGUGGAGCUUGGGCGACAUUUGCAAAAGAUCCUGCCAAUGGCUUGAAGUCAUAUCAGGGCGGAUGGCCGUCGUAUUACCCCACCAAUGCCACCCUCAUCAGGCUAGCUUUCGACCCGACCAACGCUUCCUCGACCAAUCUCGCGUUACCAGAAAUGUAUGAUGCAGGAUGUGGGACGGUACUUGCAGUUGCUGGAAAUGCGAGUUCGACUACUGGAUCGGCAGUACCAAGUCCAACGGUAAAGGCUUCGAGUGGAAUUGUCUUGUCAAGUCCAAGAAAUUGGGUACUUCUGGCUUGCCCUGCUCUGGCUCUGGUGUGGACGUUGUAAAGUAGCUCGUCUGUCCCUUUGGAACUAGCGCGAGCUUAAAAGCCCUACCUGGGCUGAAAAUAGCAAUUCUCUUGCCUGCCAGCCUGCCAGGCACUGUACUACUGUAGUAAUAAAGUGUAAUCUAACAGUGCGGAUAUCCG